AUGGGAAGCCAGAGUGGUCAUUGAUGCGAUUACACUAAGGAUAGCGAUACAAGAGAUAUAUUAUCCCAAAUCUCUCAUCGAUCUAAAAGGAAAUUCUCCCAAAAGAGCCAAAAUGGCAUUCCAAACAACAUAACCACCAACAAAUGAGUGACGACUAAUCAGAAUGCAGGUUAUGUGGAAUCUGGGAAGAAAGUUAUUGAUAGCAUACUUGGCCCAAAGAAAGAGACCAAGCUUGAGAAAGCUCCAAGUGACAAGGCUGACAAGAAGCAGCCAGACCAGGCUAGCCAGAGGGAUGAAAAUAGUGCGAACGAAGAAGCCAAGGAAGUGGAUAAGAACCAGAGACCCGCAGUUCAGUCAACCUUGGUCGCACCUGAGGUUAAGGGUCAGAAGUGAAAUUCACAGAUGCAGAAAUCUGAAGGGAGAAUCGGGGAUUUAAGCAAUAUUUCAAGGAAAGAUAAGAUAAAUCGGUCAGAGAUUAAAAAAACUGAGAAAAGUAGUAAAGCUCUGCUCAAAACUCCAGGACAGAUGAAGAAAAAAAGAAGCGAGGUUUCUCAAGAGAAUUUACUCCAGAGCAGUGUUGGGCAUAGUACGAAGAAAAAGCGACAUAGUGUGAUGAUUGAGAAUCAAAUCAGAGGUUUCAGUAAGAUCAAAAACAGCAGCUUGAGUAAGGUUAAUGAAGAAGAGAAUAAUAAGGAAGAGGACAAACAAUUUGAUGGUGUUGGUUUUGAUGAUGGAUUUGGACAGGAAGAGCAAGAGUACGACAAAUAUUCAGCCAAGUUAGUCAUCAUGUAUGAAAAAUAUUCCUUCAAGGAGUUUCUUGGAGUCGGAGUUUAUAGCGAAGUAAGGCGAAUAGUUAACAAUUUCACUCAAGAAUCAUUUGCUGUAAAAAUACUUAAGAAGGAUUAUCUCAAGAAGGAGAAGGAACCAUUGAAGCCUAUUCUGGAUCAACUGCUUUCAAAUGAGCAUAAGAAUGUAACCAAAGUUGUCGAAUAUUUUCAAGAUAAGAAGUAUUAUUACUUAAUUUAUGAGCAUAACCAAGGAGGUAUGAUGUUUGACUAUAUCUGUGAGUCUGCUCAUUAUGACAAGAAGAUGAUUGCUAAUAUCAUCAAGCAAAUUCUCUCAGCUCUGCUAUAUAACCAAGGGCAAGGCAAGGAGAUCUAUCAUAGAGAAAUCAGGCCCGAGAAUUUGAUGGUUGAGGAUGCGUUGUUAGAUAUAAUCUCUUUGAAAAUAAACGACUUUAGUACCUCACAAGAAUACAAUCCUAAAUUUGGCAAGAAUAAGCAAAUGAAGCAGACAUUUUCAUGUAUUUAUUUCACACCUCCUGAGGUGAUCGCCAAGCUUGGUUACCACAGCAACUCUGACAUAUGGAGCACGGGGAUUCUCCUGUAUCUUUUGCUGAUUGGGAAGAACCCUGUCAAAGACUUUUCAAACAAGAUUGUUAUUAAGAACAUCAAAUCUAAGAAUUUCAAGAUUGAUAACCUUGUCGGAAACGGGAUCAUUGAAGAAGAGGAGGGUGACCUUCUCAAAAGGAUGCUUGAAAGGAACGUUAAAAAGCGGAUUUCUAUUAUCGAGGCUAUGAACCACCCAUGGAUCCUUAAAUAUUGCAAAGAAGAGGUUGAAGAUGCCUCUGUUUCCGAACAGGUGAUGCAAUGCCUCACCUCGUUCUGGAAUCAAUAUGCUCUCCAAGAGAUCUGCAUGAAAUAUUUCGGGUUCCUGACUCUUAAUAGCAUGACUGUCGACUGACUUGAAGCUGAAGCUGAGAAAUGAGGAAUCAAAAAGGACGACCAAUGCAGUUAUGAUCAAUUAUUUGACAUUUUGUUGGAGACUUCGAAAAAUAGUAAGGAAUCAGUGGAAUUUCAGCUAAAAUAAUGCCUUAAAGACCAUCCAGAGUAGUAAUGAUUCAGGCGAGUAUACAUUUGGAGAUUUCUUAAAGAGUCUCAGUAAACCUCAAGAAGAAUUUUGCGAGAAGAGGAUGCAAAUGAGACUCGAAAAAAUUAAUCCUCAAGGAAUAAUGAAAUGUGAUGAUAUUAGAAGAAUGCUGAUAGAAAGAGAGGACUCUAUUAGCUCAGACUGGAAUGGAGUCUGAAAGAAGCUAAACAUCAAGAAUAACGAUCUCAUAGGCUUUGAGAUGUUUAUGAAGGUGUUUAAAGAGUUCAGAUGCUAGGAAGAAUAAAUGAG